AUGAGUCACAGGGCCCAACCACCAGUCUUCGCGCCCGUGAAAUCGCCUCCUCCUGCCUACAACGCGAAACCUGUUACUCCACUAGCGGUCACAUUUCGAGAGACUGGUGGAGGUCCAACUCCUGAGGAGCAGUGCACAAUCGAGCACAUCCGAUCGUUUCUAGGAUCAUCAGACUUUGAUGAGGACCUUUGCUUAAAAGCUAUACGGGUUAGUUCCUUCAACACACUAACAAAUGUGCUCAUUGAAUCUAACAUAAUCAUCUAG